GCCCGGUUUCCGUUUCCGCGCGACGGAAGUGACGCACGAGCGGAGCGGGGCCAGGGAUGAGCCGGGUGCUGUGUGCGCCGGCGGCCGGGGCCGCCCGGACGCUAGGGCUCGCGCGUAGCGCCGCCCGCCGCCUGCACCCGCCGUCCGCGCAGGGCGGGGACGACGACCCCGGCCGCCCCAUCCAGUUCUCGGCCAGCCGGGCGUCCCCGGUGCGCUGGACGGUGGAGCACUCGCUGGGGAGGGAGCAGCAGCGGCCCUGGUGGCGGGUGCUGCCCUUCAGCCUGUCCCUCAUGCUGCUCGUCGGCUGGUGCUUCCUGCGGGAGGAGAGCGGCGCCGACCUCUGGCUGAGGCGGGUGCUGGACGGGGAGGAGCCCGAGCCGGCCUCCGGCGGGGAGCGGACGUGACCGCGGCCGGGCCUCUGCGGCGCGGGCACCGGCCUGGCCACGCGUGACCGCCGCGGUGCCGUCCGAGCGGGACGCCUGUGGACACAAUCUUCCGAAGCGACUCUGGGAGCAUCCGAGUGAACCCGGGCCCGCCCUCCUGGGCCACGUCGUUGUUUUUUAUCUUUGAGGCAGACAUAAAGGGCUAAUCUGUUUUAUUUUAUGGCGUGCUAUUUUAUAACGUGUACAUGGGGAUGUUCGUUUACCAACAGACUGAAGAUGUUUAGGGGCUGGAGAUGUGGCUCAGAGGUGGGGCACGUCCAUGUGUGAGGUCCUAGGUUUGAUUCCUGGUACCAAGGG